CAUUCAUCCCAGUGGAUGUUGACUCUGAUGCCUAUUCAUGAGAAUUUAAAUGUCAAUGUUGUUAGCAAUGAAAUAAUAGGAAAUUAUUUUAGUAGAGACAACCAGCUGCUCUGGGUGGACUUUAGUAUUGUAGGUGGUGUUUUAGGAGAAGAUCACCUCUCUUAUCUCCAAUCUGAGCCCAGGUCAUGUAGAGAGGAACUGUUUUAGGAACUGAACUUAUUGCAGUAGGCCUCUUGACCUGAUUACAUGACUUCCCACCAGGAUGUGCUAGAGGAGUGGCUAACAUGCCAGCGCUCCUGGCUAUACCUGGAGCCCAUCUUUAGCUCAGAGGACAUCAAUAGACAGCUGCCAGUAGAAAGCAAACGCUACCAAACCAUGGAUAGGACCUGGAGGAAGAUCAUGAAGAAUGCUAAUGAGAACAGAGAGGUGAUUUCCCUGUGUCCCGAUCCCAGGCUGCUGGAGAGCCUUCGGAAAUGUAAUCAGCUACUUGACCUUGUGCAGAAGGGGCUGAGUGAAUACCUAGAGACCAAGAGAGGAGUUUUCCCCAGGUUCUACUUCCUUUCGGAUGAUGAGCUGCUGGAGAUACUGUCUCAGACAAAGAACCCCACUGCUGUACAGCCUCACCUCCGCAAGUGCUUUGAGAAUAUUGCACGGCUGCUCUUCCAGGAGGACCUACAGAUCACACACAUGUACUCUGCAGAAGGGGAGGAGGUGAAGCUGUUUUUCCCCAUUUAUCCCACUGGCAAUGUGGAGAACUGGCUGCUGGAAGUCGAGAAAUCUAUGAAGGCCAGCGUGCGGGACAAUAUUGAAAGAUCCAUCAGCGUUUAUCCACAUACACCACGAAGUUCAUGGGUCUUGCAAUGGCCUGGGCAGGUAACCAUCGCUGGCUGUCAAACUUACUGGACAAAGGAAGUAUCUGAGGCCCUGGAGGCUGGGGAUUUGUCCACCAGGCUGUUUCCACAGCUGAGUGCUCAGCUAAGUGAUCUGGUAGCCCUUGUUCGAGGAAAGCUGUCGAGGAUGCAGCGAACAGUGUUAUCAGCUCUCAUUGUGAUUGAAGUCCAUGCCAAGGAUGUCGCUGCUAAGCUGAUUGAGGAGAAUGUGAUGAAUGAGAAUGAUUUUGAGUGGAUCUCUCAGCUCAGAUACUACUGGACAAGGAAUGAUCUGUACAUCCGAGCAGUGAAUGCUGAAUUCAUCUAUGGCUAUGAAUAUUUGGGAAACAGUGGACGCCUGGUCAUCACACCCCUCACUGACAGGUGCUACUUGACACUUACUGGAGCUCUGCAUCUAAAAUUUGGAGGAGCACCUGCAGGACCUGCUGGAACAGGCAAAACUGAAACAACUAAAGAUCUGGGGAAAGCUCUAGCCAUACAGACAGUAGUGUUCAACUGUUCCGACCAGCUUGACUUCAUGGCUAUGGGAAAAUUCCUGAAGGGACUAGCCAGCUCCGGCGCGUGGGCUUGCUUUGAUGAGUUUAACCGCAUUGACGUUGAGGUGUUGUCCGUAGUGGCUCAACAGAUCACAACCAUUCAGAAGGCCCAGCAGCAAAGGGUGGACCGCUUCAUGUUUGAAGGAACUGAGAUCCCACUGGUCCCAUCCUGUGCAAUCUUCAUCACCAUGAACCCUGGAUAUGCUGGACGCACUGAAUUACCAGAUAACUUAAAGGCUCUCUUCCGACCUGUGGCUAUGAUGGUUCCAGAUUACUCCAUGAUUGCAGAGAUUUCUCUCUACUCCUUUGGGUUCAAUGAAGCCAAGGUCCUAGCAAAGAAGAUCACCACUACGUUCAAACUGUCAUCAGAACAGCUCAGCAGCCAGGACCAUUAUGACUUUGGAAUGAGAGCUGUGAAGACUGUGAUCUCAGCUGCUGGCAACUUAAAGAGAGAGAAUCCUACCAUGAAUGAAGAGCUGAUCUGCCUUAGGGCCAUCCGGGAUGUUAAUGUACCCAAGUUCCUCCAGGAUGACCUCAAGCUGUUCAAUGGUAUUGUCUCUGACUUGUUUCCCAAGAUCAAAGAUGAGCCUAUUGAAUAUGGCAUCCUAGAAGAAGCAAUCCACAAAUCCUGCAUCAAAGACAACCUGAAGGAUGUUGAAGGUUUUGUGACAAAGUGCAUCCAGCUGUAUGAAACCACUGUGGUGCGCCAUGGCCUCAUGCUGGUGGGGCCAGCAGGCUCGGGGAAAACAAAGUGUUACAGAGUUCUGGCAGCUGCAAUGACCUCUCUGAAAGGUCAGCCUUCGGUCAGUGGUGGGAAUUAUGAAGCAGUCAACUACUUUAUACUGAAUCCGAAAUCCAUCACUAUGGGCCAGCUUUAUGGAGAGUUUGACUUGCUAACGCAUGAAUGGACGGAUGGGAUUCUUUCAUCACUCAUUCGGGUGGGAGCAAUCGCCAGUGACACAAAUAAGAAAUGGUAUGUGUUUGAUGGGCCAGUCGAUGCGGUCUGGAUUGAGAAUAUGAACACCGUGCUGGAUGAUAAUAAGAAGCUGUGUCUUAGCUCUGGAGAAAUCAUUAAGCUAACAGAGAUGAUGACCAUGAUGUUUGAAGUACAGGACCUGGCUGUUGCCUCCCCCGCCACAGUAUCCCGGUGCGGCAUGGUUUACCUGGAGCCCAGCCUCUUGGGGCUCAAGCCCUUCACUUGGUGCUGGCUGAGGAAAAUUCCAGACAUCAUGAAGCCUUUCUCAGAGCAGUUAGCAUCCCUCUUCAGCAGAUUUUUAGAGGAGUCCAUCAGCUUUGUCCGGAGUUCAGUGAAAGAGAUAAUUGCCUCAACAGACAGUAACCUGACGAUGAGCCUUCUCAAACUACUGGAGUGCUUCUUUGAACCUUUCAUUCCCAUUGAGGGAAUUAGGAAGGUUCCCCGUGAGAAGGCUGACCGACUUGGAGAACUGAUUGAACCCUGGUUCAUGUUCUCCUUGAUCUGGAGUGUGGGUGCAACUGGAGAUGCCCAAAGCCGCGUGGCCUUCAGCAUGUGGUUGAGAGAGAAGAUGGCAAGUGAACAGAUCCAGUUACUUUUCCCAGAGGUGGGGCUGGUUUAUGAUUAUAAACUGGAUGAUGCUGGGCUCAGCAAUCCUGAGGAAGAUAUAGAUGAAGAUGUUGUCAAGGAGGUGGGCUGGGUGAAUUGGAUGGAUUACACUGCGCAGUUCACCAUAGUUCCUGACACAAGCUUCUGUGACAUUAUAAUCCCCACAAUGAAUACUGUCCAGAUGGCCCACCUGCUGGAAAUGCUGCUCACCAAUCGAAAACCAGUUCUCUGUGUUGGUCCAACUGGCACUGGGAAGACUCUCACGAUUUCAGACAAGCUUUUGAAGAACUUGCCUCUAGAAUACAUCACCCACUUUCUAACAUUUUCUGCUCGCACCUCAGCCAAUCAAACCCAGGACCUCAUUGACAGCAAACUGGAUAAAAGGAGAAAGGGGGUGUUUGGUCCUCCUCUUGGCAAGUACUUCAUAUUUUUCAUUGAUGACCUAAAUAUGCCGGCACUGGAGACCUAUGGUGCUCAGCCACCCAUUGAGCUGCUUCGGCAGUGGAUGGACCACCAGGGCUGGUACGACAGGAAACAGAUUGGUAUCUUUAAGAACCUGGUGGAUAUUAACUUCGUCUGUGCCAUGGGCCCCCCAGGCGGAGGAAGGAAUGCCAUCACGGCACGCCUCACCCGUCAUUUCAACUAUCUUUCCUUUACGGAGAUGGAGGACAGCAGCAAGAAGAAAAUCUUCUCCACCAUUCUUGGCAGCUGGAUGGCUGGACUCCUUGGAGAAAGAAGUUUCAGAGAUCCAGUCCCUGGAGCCCCUGGAGUCGAGCACUUGAAUGAGCCCCUUGUCGAUGCCACCAUUCGUGUGUAUUCAACCAUCACGUCCCAACUUUUGCCUACUCCAGCAAAGUCACACUAUACCUUUAAUCUGAGGGACCUCUCCAAAGUUUUCCAGGGGAUGCUCAUGGCUGAAGCCUGCAAAAUCGAGGACAAACUGCACCUGCUCAGGCUCUGGUAUCAUGAGAGUUGCCGUGUGUUCCGCGACCGCCUGGUUAAUGAUGAGGACCGCAACUGGUUUGAUGAUCUGAUGAAGAGCAUGAUGGCAGAGUGGGACACCACCUUUGAGGAGGUUAUCCCCUACCAGCCAGUUCUCUUUGGGGAUUUCAUGAUGCCUGGUGCUGAUGUCAAAAUAUAUGAACUAAUUGAUGACCAGGAAAAGCAUAUGCGUGUGAUUGAGGAGUACAUGGAGGAGUACAAUCAGAUCAACACCACCAAGAUGAAGCUGGUGCUCUUUAUGGAUGCUAUGCAGCACAUCUGCCGGAUCAGCCGGAUCCUGCGCCAGGCACUGGGGAAUGCUCUCCUCCUGGGCGUUGGAGGAAGUGGAAGGGAGUCUCUCACCAGGCUGGCAUCUCACAUGGCCGAUUAUGAAUGUUUCCAGAUUGAACUUUCCAAAAACUAUGGGAUGGCAGAGUGGCGAGAAGAUGUCAAGAAAAUCAUGCUGAAGGCUGGCCUGCAGAGACUGCCCAUUACCUUUCUAUUCACGGACUCACAGAUUAAAAGCGAAUCUUUCCUGGAGGAUAUCAACAAUGUGUUGAACUCCGGAGACAUUCCCAAUCUGUAUGCCCCGGAUGAGCAAGAUCAGAUCAUGACUAUUAUGAAGCCCAUCGUUCAGGACCUAGGGCAGCAGCCCACCAAGGCCAACCUGAUGGCAGCAUACACAGGACUAGUUCGCAGUAAUAUCCAUAUGGUCCUUUGCAUGAGCCCUAUUGGAGAGGUCUUCCGUGCACGGCUGAGACAGUUCCCCUCUCUAGUGAACUGCUGUACUAUUGACUGGUUUAAUGAGUGGCCUGCAGAAGCCCUGCAGUGCGUUGCAUCUUCCUUUUUGCAAGAGAUCCCAGACCUUGAAGCCACCUCUGAAGUUAUAGAUGGAAUGAUUCAGGUGUGUGUAGCGAUCCACCAGAGUGUAGCAGUGAAGUGCAAAGUGUACCUGGCGGAGUUGGCCAGACACAAUUAUGUCACUCCCAAGAGCUACCUGGAGCUCCUUGGCAUUUUCACAGCCCUGAUCGGGAAAAAGAAACAGGAGCUGAACACAGCGAAGAAGAGGAUGAAGAGUGGCUUGGACAAGCUACUGCGAACAGCAGAAGAUGUAGCAAAGAUGCAGGAAGAGCUAGAAUCAGCACGUCCCCUUCUGGCAGAGGCAGCCAAAGACACACUGGCAACCAUGGAACAAAUAAAGGUGGACACAGCUGUGGCGGAGGAGACUCGAAAUGCCGUGCAGGCCGAAGAGAUGAAAGCCAAAGUGAAAGCUCAGACAGCCCAGGCCAUUGCAGACGAUGCCCAGAAGGACCUGGCCGAAGCUCUCCCUGCACUGGACGCUGCUCUAGCCAGCCUAAGAAAUCUUAACAAAAAUGAUGUCACAGAGGUGCGAGCUAUGCAGAGACCUCCCCUUGGGGUGAAGAUGGUGAUUGAAGCUGUCUGUAUUAUGAAAGGAAUCAAGCCCAAGAAAGUGGCUGGAGACAAGCCAGGCUCUAAGGUGGAUGACUACUGGGAGCCGGGCAAGGGCCUUCUUCAGGACCCAGGGAAGUUCCUGGAAAGCCUAUUUAAAUUUGAUAAGGACAAUAUUGCAGAUUCAGUAAUUAAAGCCAUCCAGCCGUAUAUUGACAACGAGGAGUUUCAACCAGCAGCCAUAGCCAAAGUGUCCAAAGCCUGCACCUCCAUCUGCCAGUGGGUGCGUGCCAUGCACAAAUACCACUUUGUGGCCAAAGGAGUGGAACCAAAGCGGCAAGCUUUGCGGGAGGCAGAAGAGGACCUGCAGGUCACUCAGAAGAUCCUUGAUGAAGCCAAGGACCGCCUGAGAGAAGUGGAGGAUGGUAUUGCCACCCUGCAGGCCAAGUACAGGAGCUGCAUCGCCAAGAAGGAGGAACUGGAGCUGAAGUGUGAGCUGUGUGAGCAGAGGCUGGGCCGGGCUGACAAGUUAAUUAAUGGCCUGGCAGAUGAGAAGGUGCGCUGGCAGGACACAGUCCAGAACCUGGAUUAUAUGAUCAACAAUAUCGCAGGAGAUGUGCUGAUUUCAGCUGGCUUCGUGGCAUACCUGGGCCCUUUCACAGGCCAAUACCGCACAGCACUAUGUGAGGACUGGCUAAAGAAACUGGAGGAACACGAUGUCCCGCACACCAGGGAGCCAAACUUGAUAAGCACUCUGGGAGACCCAGUGAAAAUCAGAUCAUGGCAGAUUGCCGGCUUGCCUAAUGAUACCCUGUCUGUGGAGAAUGGAGUAAUAACACAGUUUUCACAGCGCUGGACUCACUUCAUAGACCCCCAGGGACAAGCCAACAAAUGGAUCAAGAACUUGGAGAAGGAGAAUGGUUUGGAGGUGGCUAAGCUGAGCGACCGGGACUUUCUGCGCAGCUUGGAGAACUCCAUUCGCUUCGGGAAGCCGUUCCUGCUGGAGAACGUAGGGGAGGAACUGGAUCCGGCUCUCGAGCCCGUCUUGCUGAAACAGACUUAUAAACAGCAAGGCAGCACGGUAUUGAAGCUAGGCGAUACAGUUAUUCCAUACCAUGAGGACUUCAAGAUGUACAUCACCACCAAUCUGCCCAAUCCCCACUACACGCCAGAGAUCUCCACCAAGCUCACGCUGAUUAACUUCACCCUCUCACCCAGUGGCUUGGAAGACCAGUUGCUGGGACAAGUGGUAGCUGAGGAGCGACCGGACUUAGAAGAGGCCAAGAACCAGCUGAUCAUUAGCAACGCCAAGAUGCGACAAGAGCUGAAGGAGAUAGAGGAUCAGAUCCUCUAUCGGCUAAGCUCCUCCGAAGGAAAUCCUGUCGAUGACUUGGAGCUCAUCAAAGUGCUGGAGGCAUCCAAGCUAAAAGCAGGGGAAAUCCAGGCCAAAGUGAAGAUAGCCGAGCAGACAGAAAAAGACAUCGACAUCACUCGUCUGGAGUACGUGCCUGUAGCUGUCCGCACUCAGAUCCUUUACUUCUGCGUCUCUGACCUGUCCAACGUUGACCCCAUGUAUCAGUAUUCGCUCGAGUGGUUUCUUAACAUCUUCUUGUCCGGAAUCACAAACUCCGAGAGAGCAGACACCCUGAAGAAGCGGAUAGUGAACAUAAACAAGUACCUCACCUUCAGUCUCUACAGCAAUGUGUGCCGCAGUCUCUUUGAGAAGCACAAGCUCAUGUUUGCCUUUCUGCUGUGUGUCCGGAUCAUGAUGAAUGAAGGGAAAAUCAACAUGGACGAAUGGCGUUACCUCCUGUCUGGAGGUGCCAUUAAAACGAUGAGAGAGAACCCAGCUCCCGAGUGGCUGUAUGAGAGAGCGUGGGGUGACAUCUUGGCCUUAACCAACCUGAAGAGUUUCUCCAGCUUUGCGGAUGAUUUUAUUGACAAUAUCCAGGAGUUCCGUGCAAUUUUUGACAGUACUGAGCCGCACAGAGAGCCCCUGCCUGGGAAGUGGGACAGCACGCUGGACUCCUUCCAGAAGCUGCUGCCUCUACGCUGCCUGCGAGGGGAUAAGGUCACCAAUGCCAUGCAGGAUUUUGUGGCCAUGAAUCUGGACCAGCGCUUUAUCGAACCGCAGACUUCAGAUCUCACUGCAGUGUUCAAAGAGUCCACCUCUACUACGCCUCUGAUAUUCGUGCUCUCACCUGGGACAGACCCAGCUGCUGAUCUUUACAAAUUUGCUGAAGAAACAAAGUUCUCCAAGAAGCUGUCAGCUAUUUCCCUGGGCCAGGGUCAGGGUCCCCGAGCCGAGGCUAUGAUGCGAAGUGCUAUGGAACGUGGGAAGUGGGUCUUCUUCCAGAACUGCCACUUAGCCCCAAGCUGGAUGCCUUCGCUGGAGAGACUCAUAGAGAGCAUCAAUCCUGACAAGGUGCACCGUGACUUUCGCCUUUGGCUCACCAGUUUACCCAGUAACCAGUUCCCAGUGUCCAUCCUCCAGAAUGGCUCCAAGAUGACCAUUGAGCCGCCCCGAGGGGUCAAGGCUAAUCUGCUGAAGUCCUACAUUAGCCUGAGUGAUGACUUCCUGAACUCCUGCUCCAAGAUCUCCGAGUUUAAGGCAUUGCUGCUAUCACUUUGCCUGUUCCAUGGUAAUGCCCUGGAGCGGCGGAAGUUUGGGCCACUGGGGUUCAAUAUCCCAUACGAGUUCACGGAUGGAGACCUCCGCAUCUGCAUCAGCCAGCUAAAGAUGUUCUUGGACGAAUAUGCAGACAUCCCGUACAAGGUUCUGAAGUAUACAGCUGGCGAGAUCAAUUAUGGAGGCCGAGUGACAGAUGAUUGGGACAGGCGAUGCAUCAUGAAUAUAUUAGAAGAUUUCUACAAGCCGGAAGUUCUAACUGAGGAUUUUGCUUAUUCUGAGUCAGGGAUCUACAGGCAGAUCAGCACCACCUAUGAUCUUAAUGGAUACAUCCAAUACAUCAAGAGUCUGCCACUCAAUGACAGCCCGGAGAUAUUCAGCUUACAUGACAAUGCCAACAUCACCUUUGCUCAGAACGAGACCUUUGCCCUGCUCGGGGCCAUCAUUCAGCUGCAGCCAAAGACGUCCACCUCAGGAGGCCGCGGCAGGGAGGAGCUUGUAGAGGAGACAUCAAAGGACAUCUUGAAGAAGGUCCCUGACCCCAUUAACGUGCAGGAGGUGAUGCUGAAAUACCCGGUGCUGUACGAGGAGUCCAUGAACACAGUGCUGGUGCAGGAGGUGAUCAGGUACAAUCGGCUGCUGGAAGUAAUUGCACAGACACUGCAGGAUUUGCUGAAAGCUCUCAAGGGCCUGGUGGUGAUGUCAUCCCAGUUGGAGCUCAUGGCCAACAGCCUGUUCAACAAUAUCGUUCCAGAGCUCUGGAAUGCCAAGGCAUACCCAUCCCUGAAGCCCUUGGCCUCCUGGGUUAAUGACCUGCUGCAGCGGAUUGACUUCCUGCAACGAUGGAUCACUAAGGGGAUCCCGCCUGUAUUCUGGAUCAGUGGCUUCUUCUUCCCCCAAGCCUUUCUCACAGGGACGCUGCAGAACUUUGCCAGGAAAUCAAUCGUCUCCAUCGAUACCAUUGCGUUUGACUUUCAGGUGAUGAGAGAGUCAGUGAACGAGCUGGCCCAGCGUCCCAUCCAGGGUUGUUAUAUUCAUGGCCUGUUUCUGGAAGGCGCUCGCUGGGAUCCCCUCUCCUUUCAGCUAGCAGAGUCACGCCCCAAGGAGCUUUACACAGAGAUGGCAGUGAUCUGGCUCGUCCCUGUUCCCAACCGCAAACCUCCAACCACGGGCUUCUACCUGUGCCCAAUCUACAAGACGCUCACUCGAGCAGGGACAUUGUCAACAACAGGUCAUUCUACCAAUUAUGUGAUUGCGGUGGAGAUCCCCAGCAGUAAACUCCAGAGGCACUGGAUCAAACGGGGCGUAGCCCUGAUCUGUGCGCUAGACUUCUAGGAAGCCAUAGCAGCAAGGGGUCUGCGCACCAAGGCACAGUUGUACUGUGUAUUUGUAUGCACUGCUUGGUUAGUGCCAUCAACUAGGGCUAGAACAGGCUUGUAAUUAAACCCUGCUCUGGCUGCCCCUGCCUCUCAGAGCUCUUGUUUAGUUGUCAUAAAUAAAGAAGCUG